CGUGACGUCAUCAACGUGCGCAGAAACCACAUGGCUUGUUGGCAGAUCCAGUUCUUGCGUUUUGGUUCACGACUUGUCAUUUGUAUACAGUAGUUUAUCCACAAUUUUACAAGUGUAUUUCAUCCAUCAUGAGUUCUCAAAUUACUUGUAUCGGCUGGGUGAAGCAAGGUGCUGCCAAGGAAAUUCCGGACAAAGUUGAAUUGAGUCAGGAGGAGCUGCAACGCAUCAUCAAUGAGACGAAGGAGGAGCUGGGGGAACAAGCAGCAGAGGAGGAGGAGGAUGCCGGCAUUGUAGCUGACGAUGAUAUUGGCGAUGUUGCCGCAGCGCAAAAUGAAGAAGAGGAUGAACUUGGAGAAUAUGACCUGGAUAAAUAUGAUGAAGAGGACAUAGCAACGGCCAACCUUGGGGACAGCCUGGCUGGGCUCACCGUGUUCUGCUCGAAUGACGAGGACCCUUACAUCACGCUCAAAGAUACUGAUCAAUAUGAGCGAGACGAAUUCCAAAUCAAGCCCACCGACAACCUCAUCCUUUCUGGCAAGGCUGACAAGGACUGCUGCAACCUGGAAAUCUAUGUGUACAACGCCGAGGAGGACUCUCUGUACGUGCACCACGACAUUCUGUUGCCGGCGUACCCACUAAGCAUCGAGUGGCUCAACUUUGAUCCAAACCCUGAGGAAACUCUAUCUAACUACGCCGCCGUGGGAAAUAUGACGCCGCAGAUCGACGUGUGGGACCUGGAUGUGGUGGACUGCCUGGAGCCCGCGUUCACGCUGGGAAGCAAAGAGGCGGCCAAGAAGAAGAAAAAGAGCAAGAAGGGUGCAUCCGCAGAGACUGUGGAAGGACACACUGAUGCAGUGUUGGAUUUGUCCUGGAAUAAGCUGGUCAGGAAUGUCUUAGCCAGCGGAUCAGCAGACGCAUCGGUUAUCCUGUGGGAUCUGUCUCAAGGCAAACCCGCCACCACCCUCCACAGACACGCUGAUAAAGUUCAGACGUUGACUUUCCACCCAUUUGAGGCGCAGACUCUCCUGUCGGGAUCAUAUGACAAGACGGCCCUCCUGUACGACUGCCGCAGCCCGGACGGCUACCGCACGUGGCGAUUCAGCGGUCAAGUUGAGCGCUUGGUGUGGAACCACUUUUCACCGUGUAACUUCCUGGCCAGCACGGAGGAUGGCUUUGUGUACUGUCUGGAUGCGCGCGCCGAUAAACCCAUUUUCACACUGAAGGCACAUGAUGAAGAAGUGUCAGGUUUGGAUCUCAGCAGCCAGAUUAAAGGCUGCUUGGUGACGUCGUCGGCAGACAAGCACGUCAAGAUCUGGGACAUUUUGGGGAGCAAACCCAUUCUGGUGCAUUCGAGGGACAUGAAAAUGGGCGUGGUGUUCUGUGCGGCAUGUUGUCCCGAUCGGCCCUUCACAUACGCUUUUGGGGGACAGAGAGACGGCUUGCGGGUUUGGGAUAUAAGUGAUGUUGCAGCAGUGGCUGCGACGUUUGGUAGUCGGGAGCGCUUGGUGGUGAAUGCAGGAUCUGAAACAUCCGCAGCUGCAGCAGUGAUGGACACCUCGUAGUGGCACGACGACAGUCUGCUCAUAUCAAAAUACUUGUACUUUUUCAUUUACAACAAUGUGCUUUCACGGCAAAUUCUUGUUAGAUUCUCAAAGACGCAAGUUCAUAUAUGCAUUCAUAUUGUUGGAAUUACCAGUUUGUUGCUGAAGGCUGCAAAUCCUUUGUACAGUUCCCAGAAUGCCAAACUAAUACAGUUUACAUAUUUACUGGUAUAACUGUUAAUCAAAAUGUUGUAUAUCCAAUGUAUAAAUACAGUUUUUGAAUAUGCUAGCUUAA